AUGGUACAAGCAGCAAAACUUAUUGGAGCAGGAAGUGCUCUGAUUGCAUUAGCAGGUGUAGGAGCAGGGAUUGGUAUCGUUUUUGCAGCUUUGAUCCAAAGCGCAGGACGUAACCCCCUAAUGGCGAAACAAUUGAUGGGUUAUGCCCUACUCGGUUUUGCGCUAUGUGAAAGCAUUGCGCUAUUUACCCUGUUGGUAGCCUUCUUGAUCUUGUUUAGCUCAUUUUAA